UGACCGGUGGGUGUCCGCACCAAGCGGGGGUGGGAAGGCUGCCAUCAUUGUGCCGGGGCAUGUUCUGCUAUUCCAGAAGCUACGAGUGCUCUGCACAGCUGCAGAAGGGAGGGGCUGAUGCAGCGCACCACUGCCACACAACCACCGAGCCCACGUGCCUCCAGCAGCCUCAACUACACUUCCAUUGCAGAGCUGCCUCACUCCCCCACGGCCAGCCGGGAGCUCAGCAACAACAAAGAUGCUGAACCUGGGCUCCUCAACAACUCACGUGGGCACCAGGCAGCAUCCCCUCAGCUGCCCGUGCCGAGCCCUCAGGCUGCUCCCGCACCGCCAUCGCCAAACAACGCACACCCGAUGGAAGAGGUGCUGCGAAGGCAGCCCCGGGUGAUUCUCACCCGCCUGGCACUGCCCAGCCCCCUGGCUGCCCCUGCACCUCCUGCACCUCGCACUGCACACCCCAUGGCAGAGCUGCAGCGGAGGCAGCCCCGGCUGGUUCUCCCCCGCCUCGCACUGCCACCCGGCUGCAUCUCCUGCCGGCUGGCACACCAGCACCCAGGGCACAGCACCGAGCCGGCCAAGCGCCCCGUGCCUCCUCUGCUGCGCGCUGGGCGGCUCGUGGAAGAGGCGCCGCACAAACAGCCCCACGUGCUGCUCAGGCGCCUCGCACUGCCAGCCGCAUGCAUCUCCUGCCGGCUGGCACACCAGCACCACGGGGACAGCACCGCGCCGCCCACCAGCCCAACGCCCGCCUGCACCACCACCAGAGGACAGAGCACCGCGCACAGGCAGCGCGCUGCCAGCAUCCCAGGCACACACAGGAAGCUGCCGCGCUGCCACCGUGCGCCACGCCACAAACGCCGGCGCUAGGCCAAGCUGCCGCUGUCAGCACGGCGGCCAGCACCAGGACUCGGCACGGUUAUGGGCACACAGCAACACAACAACCCUUCCAGCAGCACCAGCAGCAGCACAAACAAACACCGAAAAGAAUGCACCGCCAGGGCAAAGCACAGACGCCCACCGAGUCUGGAGCAGGACACAAGCUUAGCAUCCGUGCCUGGCAGGAGGAAAGGGUAGCUACUGGGCAUGCUGCUUCCUCCAGCACAGGUGCAACUGCAGGGCCGCCAGCCCAGAAGCAGCCUGCGGCUGCCAGUCACAGCAAAGCACCUCUCUGGAGGAAGCCAAAGCACUUGCAGUCAUGCCAAGGAGGAGGGAAGGGUAGCUACCGGGCAUGGAUCUCGCCUGCCAGCAGAGGGGGAGGGAAUUUGGUGGGGUAGCAAUUCUGGGUGAGAAAAUGUACUCUGGUAAUAUUGUACUCCAAAAUUGAUGGAACUGGGAGGAAGGAAUUACUGGCAUGGG